UCCGGGCUCCUCGCCCUCGCCCACACUUUUCUUUCUCACACACGCACGCAGACACAUUCUCCCUCUCCGCGCUCUCUCCCUCGGUUCCCCUCUCUCCCUCUUUCUCUUUCACUUUUGCAUGCCCUGCAACCUUUUAAAAUGUUGCCCCUUCCCUGUGAUUCGCCAGACGCCGCGCCGCGGCCCCCUGCGCGCUCGCCCGCUCCCUCUCUCGCCCGCUUUUUGUCUCUCGCGCUCCCUCUCCCCACCUCCGAUUUGCUACACUGAGGCUCCCGUCAAUGGACUGCAUUGAGAGCCGGCUCCGGCGCGAGUUGCCUCUCCGCUUCACGCUCCAUUUCCAGGCAUUCUUCCCUUAUUAAGUAUUCGUGUAAUAUUAAUAGUCAUGAAUAUCUGCUAUUAGGAGGCUCCAGGAACGCUGCCCAGCGCGGUUAUUAGAAGCUCAAGCGAAGCCGCCGCUAAGAAAAGAGGGGGAGACACGGAUUAAGGAACACGCACACGCACACAGACACACACACUUUUUGCUUUUUCCGUUUUUUGGGGUUUUUCAUUUUUUAAGGAACUUUGAAUCAUAACCGAUCACGGCAGGAUAGAGACCGUGGGUUCGACCAGCUGAAGGCGCCGUUCAAAUCGGUGGUUCAAGUUCGGAUGGACCAGAGCGGGGCUCCAGUGCUCAGGCGAGCGGCUGCGCCGUGACUGGAGUCCUGGGUGGCGCGGGGCUCUCGGCGCCUUUUGUGUGGGGCGCGCUCGGGCGGCGGGGCAGCCGGGCUCUCCAGGCUUGCUUGUUUUUUUCCACCCUGACUCGUUACCCCAGACUCUGCGCAGAUGUUAGUUCACAGUUUUUCAGCUAUGGUGAGUCCCAUCCCAACCCCAUCCCUGUUUCCUUAGGAAUUCUGUUGGUGAAACCUGGUGCUGCGGAAUUGCCCGCAACUUCGGGGUUCACGCCCAGGUUUUCUUCAGGGCUCCCUUUUGCAUUUGCAUUUACCUGUUACCUCUUUUCCCUCGCUCUUUUCCAUUCUUAAAUCGGAUUCAUUACCCCCUUGCCCCUGCUCCACCUCUCCCGGGCCGCAGACCCACCUCGCUGCUACUUCCCAAGGCGUGUUUCUCCGCACGUUCUUUAUUUCUUUGACUCUUCACUUGUUCCUGAGAUGUCCUAAACAUUGGAUGCUUAAUCCGUCCGCUGGAGAGGCGCGGGCAGAGGUGUCCCAUACCCCCGGGGCCGGGGUGUGAACCUCCGAGGGUUCGCAUUCCCUUGAAUCAACUCUGUUCCCUUGUUUUGCAAGCGAAUUGUAAUUAGAGGAACGUAAAGUCAGGCGUUUCUUCUGCCCUUUGGGGCUGAUGUGGAAGGGGCGGGGGCCUCCGCCCCGGGGUACACCUUUCUCUUUUAAACCCAGUAAGGCCAAAUCUUUCCUUUUUAAACCUUGCCUUGACGUCCUCCUCUCCCUAUCGUAUCAUAAUCGACCCUGUCGAGAAAAAGGCUCCUAAAUGAGGAAGCGGAAAAGACAGACCCCCAUCCUGCAGUUAAAACCUUUAAGCUGGACCGUCACGACGGCACCAGCAACGGGACUGCACGGUUGCCCCAGCUGGGCACUCCUGAACCCCCUGCACGCCCAGCCGCAGCCGCAGCACCCGGGCUGGCCCGGCCAGAGGCAAAGCCAGGAGUCUGGGCUCCUGCACACGCACCGGGGGCUGCCCCACCAGCUGUCGGGCCUGGAUCCUCGCAGGGACUACCGGCGGCACGAGGACCUCCUUCACGGCCCACACGGGCUUGGCUCAGGACUCGGAGACCUUCCGAUUCACUCCUUACCUCACGCCAUCGAGGACGUCCCGCAUGUAGAAGACCCGGGUAUUAACAUCCCAGAUCAAACUGUAAUUAAGAAAGGCCCCGUGUCCCUGUCCAAGUCCAACAGCAACGCCGUCUCCGCCAUCCCCAUAAACAAGGACAACCUCUUUGGUGGCGUCGUGAACCCCAACGAAGUCUUCUGUUCAGUUCCGGGUCGCCUCUCGCUCCUCAGCUCCACCUCGAAGUACAAGGUCACGGUGGCGGAAGUACAGCGGCGCCUCUCACCGCCCGAGUGUCUCAACGCUUCGCUGCUGGGCGGAGUGCUGCGGAGGGCGAAGUCUAAAAAUGGAGGAAGAUCUUUAAGAGAAAAACUGGACAAAAUAGGAUUAAAUCUGCCGGCAGGGAGACGUAAAGCUGCCAACGUCACCCUGCUCACAUCACUAGUGGAGGGAGAAGCCGUCCACCUAGCCAGGGACUUUGGGUACGUGUGCGAAACCGAAUUUCCUGCCAAAGCAGUAGCUGAAUUUCUCAACCGACAACAUUCCGAUCCCAAUGAGCAAGUGACAAGAAAAAACAUGCUCCUGGCUACAAAACAGAUAUGCAAAGAGUUCACCGACCUACUGGCUCAGGACCGAUCUCCCCUGGGGAACUCCAGGCCCAACCCUAUCCUGGAGCCCGGCAUCCAGAGCUGCUUGACCCACUUCAACCUCAUCUCCCAUGGCUUUGGCAGCCCUGCAGUGUGCGCUGCGGUCACCGCCCUGCAGAACUAUCUCACUGAGGCCCUCAAGGCCAUGGACAAAAUGUACCUCAGCAACAACCCCAACAGCCACACGGACAACAGCGCCAAAAGUAGUGACAAAGAGGAGAAACACAGAAAGUGAGGCUCUCCUCCCGCCCUGGGCCUCCACGCCUCUCCAGCGCCUCUACCCCUUUCGGCGUCCCCUCACCUACCACCUCGGGCAGGUGACAGCUCCGGGGUCUGCAAGCCCCACUGCUGUGGCCAUCGCCGCCAGUCCUCGAGCUGGGGGGCUGCUCUCUGCUGCCAGGAGGCAGCCCCUGCGGACUCAGGCCCCUGCCUCAACUUCCCCCCAUCCACAGCGACUCCCCUUUGCCCUCAUGUGGAGCCUAAGAGAACAGAACAGGCCGCGAAGCCAGCAAAAAGAAAGUUCUGUCCGACUUUGUGAACCUUUUUUAAAAAAAACAAACAACAAAUCAACAACAAAAAAUUAAAAAACUUUUUUCUAAAAAAAGAAAGUAAAAAUUCUAAAAAAAUUAUAUGAGCUUCAUGGGACUGAAUCACCACCUUCCCUUACAUAUUUCAGUUCAGAUUGUAGCCAUACUUAAAAAUAAAAAAAGGCAAAAAGGAUAAUGACAUUUUUAUCAGUAUUGUGAAUAAACUUGAACACAAAUACACGAAGUUCCAUGUCAUGUCUUCAGUUCUAGAAGUUUUUCCUCUUCAAUGUAAAGUGACCAACUUGAACUUUCUCUGGCAACACGAUUCACAGUUAUAUAAGGGAAUCAGUGUUCACAUCUCUGUAUAUAUUUAUUUAUGUGUAAUUUAAUGGGAAUUGUAAAUAUGGUGAGUCUGUUUUAAGCCCCUCCCUUUUUUUAUUUAUCUGGUGAUUUCGUUUACCUCUUGUUUAGUGGGUUUUGAUUCCUCCCUAUUAUUUCUUCAUGUGGCUCAUGGUACUGAUUUAGAAAUUCAAGGUUUGGGGGAUUUUUUUUUUCCUCUGGAAUUCAUGAAUUUAGCCCUGUUGUAGCAUGUUAAAGAUGACAAUGAAAGAGCUGAACAACAACAACAAAAAAAAGUAAAAUAAAAUUUUAUAUAUAAUUAGCAUUACCUUUAGCUUUUCAUUGAACUGAAAGAAAAAAGUGAUAUUGGACCCUGGAAAGAUUUUUAAACUUGAGUGGUUUAUAACCCUUCUAUGUAUUGUGGGGAGAAAAAGAGUUUAUUUUAUUCUACUGUCCUCCCUUAAAAGCAUCAUUUGAGCAAUAAAUGAGUAUUGUCUUUAAACCAAGGGUAAGGGAUUUUCCUUCUCUCUCUUUAUCUCUCUCUCUUUUUUGUUCAAAGAACUUCAAACAUUUGGGACCACCUGGUAUUCUGUAUUUUCACUGGCCAUUUUGGAAGCAGUUCUAGUUGUAUUGUAUUGAGUUGUGCUGGCAGUAGUUUCCAUGCCUGUCAAUGUAUCAUAGUCCUUUGUUGCCCAGAUAAAUAAAUAUUUGAUACGCUUUAUGUCGAUUUUUUUUAUUCAGUGGCUGUCUUUACCCAGGCGUAUUUUUGUUCUUGGCAGUAUUUUUUAUUCAGUAUGGUUACAGUAAUUGAGUUUAACUCUCCCUUGGCAAUUGCUCCUUGCAAUAAGCAGCUGAACCCAUUGUUUCCCUCAAGUAUAAUAAAAACUUACUUUCAACUUGGAGUUCAGAGUAGGGUAUCAUUUAGAUAUUCCACUGAGUCUGUAUUCAGACAAAUGACACAAUAAAACACAAUGUAUUCUUUUGGAUAAAAGAUUGUACUGCUACAGGAACG